AUGAAAGUGGUCGUACCAGGAGCGGCAGAAAACCAUUAUGUUGCAACACCAACAGAGUUUAUAAACAAAAACAAAUACGAUGUUCUUUAUGCUCUUCACGGUCCUUUAAGUACAUAUCCGCUCGUAUUUAUUGAAGUGCAAAAUCAAGUGGAUGAAAAAUUCUUGGUACGCGUCGUUCAUUACAGUACAUUCAUAUACGAACGGUACAAGAAACUCUCUAUUUUUGUAAUAAUUGGAGUAGCAAGUGCAAUGACGCAAUUUAUGAGCAUGACGGCACCAAAUAGUGUCUUCCUCUUCGCCAGGCACAUGCCAUGCGUAGAUUGGGUAUUAGGUCUCUUCAUUUGUUCACAAUCAUUGUCAAUGAGUACUUUGGAUUGUGGAAAAAACGGCAAAUGGGUAAGAUUAUUGUAUUCGAUUGCGCACGCCAAUCUUAAGCAAUUAAGUGGAGAAAAAGAUGAAAAGUUGGAGGCAAUAAGCAGCAUAUGUAGCAGUAGUCAGGUUCAACCCCACAAGAUAAAAGGAUGUCUUGAAAUUGGAGAUAAAGUUUCAAUUGAAAAGGUAUUAAGCUAUGUGGACGAUGCUUUAGGAUUCUUACAAUGACAAAAAAGAAAAUACUGCGAAGCUAUAGAAACAAUAUCCAUUGAAGAAGCUCCUCCCUUGGUGUAUUUAAACAAAAACAGGAAACUCACAAACUCUAUUGAUCUCAAUGACGAGAGGAAUAAAACAGAGCUACACCAAUUUGUCCAACGGUUCAGAAAUAUUGAAUCAGGAAGAAUCAACUGAAAAAGUGCUUUGAGCAAGGACAUCUUAAUGAUGUAAAAAUAACCAAGCAUUUUGUUACUAGUGAAAGUUUAAGAUGCCACUAUAACAGAUUCUUUAAAUAAACAAAAAAAAAAAAUUAUUAUUAUCUUUGUAUCUGUUUUAAGUGCAAAAGAUAAGGAACGAG